AUGGUAACUGAUGUUCUAUACCAGAAACUCGUUGACGUUCUAGCGAUAGGAGAAAGCAAAAUCGACGCAUCUUUUCCCGACGCGCAAUUUUGCGUGGAAGGUUAUCGUCUCUACCGAAGAGACCGAACGACAACCGGAGGUGGUGUUAUGGUCUAUGUUAGAGCCGACAUCCCUUCACGGAGAAUUAAGCGCGGAGAACCAAAAACAGUGGAAGCGUUGAACAUCGAGCUGGUUAUCAACAAUAAAAAGUGGCUGAUGAUGGCCGCCUACAAGACGCCAACCAUGGCGAAUCGAACUUUCUCGGAGGACAUCAUCACGUCCCUAGAUACAAGCAUGCAACACCAUGAAAACCUGCUGCUUAUUGGCGACCUGAACUUCGACAUGCUACGUCCAGAGAAGUCGCAGACACUGAAGGACAUUUGUGACGUUUUCGACUUAGCAAAUUUGAUAAAAACACCUACAUGUUUUACAAAAAACUGUGAUCCGUCUCUAGUCGACGUCAUACUGACAAAUCGUUAUAGGUCCUUCAAAAAAUCCAUGUCAUGUGAUAUUGGGCUGAGUGAUUGUCACCACAUUAUAGCUUGUGUGAUGAAAUGUAAAAUUAAACCCCGCUCUCAGACCCAAAUCCGGUAUAGAUGUUUCAAAAACCUUGAUGAGAGUGAGUUGGUCGGUGACGUCGGGAGGGCACCACUCCAUGUGGCACAUGUGUUUGAUGACAUAGAUGAUGUCUACUGGGCCCAUGGGGUGAUGCUUGGCGAGGUCAUCGACCGGCACAUUCCCAUAAAGGUAAAGAAAACAAGGGAGAAAACUGCCCCUUUUAUGAACGGGGAAUUAAAGAAAGCUAUCAACUUUAAGAAAAAACUUUGGCGUAUUUUCCUAAAAUGUAAAUCAAAAAAGAACUGGGAAAAUUUCCGAAUUCAAAGGAAUAAGGUUACAAAACUUAAGAGAGAGUCCGUCAACACAUACUUUAUGGAAAGGUGUGCUGGUGGACCAAAAUCACGAGAUUUCUGGCCUACCAUCAAACCAUUCCUGAGUAAAGGUGCUUCAAGUGGUGAGGAUGUCUGCCUUUUAGAGAAUCAGACAUCCGUAUCAAAUAUUUUCAAUAAAUUUUUUGUUAGUGUAGCCGAUAAUAUCGGAAAAGACCUGUCAGAACAGGAGGUUACGAACCAUCCGAGUGUAAGGAAGGUACGAGAAAAGGCAAACCAGGGCCACAAACUUACCUUCAACCCCAUCAGCUCCUGGCAGGUAGAUAAAUACUUGUCAAGAAUUGACAGUAAGAAAGCAACAGGGCUCGAUAACCUCUCUGUUAAGGUACUAAACAAGGUAAAACCAGCCAUGUAA